UGGUUUAAAAUAGUAAUUUAUUGACAAAUACUAAUUUUAACUUCCGUAUUUCUUUGUGUCGUGUCUUCGUGUCUGACUCAGGCUAUAUCUUAUUCGACUUAUUCUUAUUGAUUUUGUGUUCUAAGUUUUCCAAAGAAAAAUGAUUGUUAUAUUAUUACUGUUUUAUUGUGCAUGAAUAAAUGACUAAUUUUAAAACGAUUUAUUAUGGAAUGUAAUAAGCAAUGUGAAAUAAGCAAUGCGGUCAUGAUUGAAUCUCUGGAUACUAUAAUUCAACAAGAAAGUAGGAAACUCGAAAUGGAUAAAAACACUGGGUUAUUGGCUAAGAAAUCAAAAGUCAUGAAGGUACAACAACAAUCGUUGAAAGAAAAUGAAAAUAUGUUCAAACAAAAUUUACCUAUCUUUAAAACUCUAAAAAAUCAUUCACCUGAACUGAAUCAGUCAUGUGACAGAGUGAAUGAAAUCGAAAGGUUGGCAAACUUAUUUACCCAAUCGCCUAGUUUCUUUACAAAGGAUAAUAGUAACAAUUGUAUUGAUGUCAAACAUAACCAAGUAUUAUUGAAGGACAAUAUGCCUAUAACAGCACACAAUGAAGUCAAUAAGUAUAAAGCUAAGCUAAUAAAUAGUAAAAACACAAACAAUUUAAUUUAUCCAGGUAUCAAGGUGAGGAGAAAUGUACGAUUUGGAGAAUAUUCACCGCUUAAUCCUGCCAAUCAAGUGGAUUCACAACCUUUCCUAGGAAUUGGAGAAUACGAUGAUAAAAAAAAAAAACUGUUAGAAUUACAAAGGAAGGAGUAUGUAGAAUAUUUAUCAAAGGUAAAACAAGAUAAGAAUACUUCAGAUUUACCAAAAUUAGCUGGUUAUUCAUGUGAAGAAGCAUAUAAAACUGCAAUGGAAAAUAACAACAGUUCUGACCUAGCAGAAAGCAAAGAAGGAUUCAAUCAGAAAGUCACGAUACAACGAUCUACUUUUAUAGAUGGAGCUGAAUCAUGUGCAUCUGAUGAAGAAAGGAAAAAAGAAACUAAUAGAUUAAAACAAGAACUUUAUAGAUUUGAUUUAAGUAAACAGAUAGAAGAGAAAAAAAGGUUGGAAUUAGAACAAAAACGUAAAGAUCAAUUGGAAGAUGAAGCCAUUGAAAGAAUGGCAAGAGAACAGGAAGAAAAAAUGAAGAUGGAGUUUGAAAAAGAAAAUGAGAAACGAGUUUUGGCUCAACUCCAGAAACAACUCCAACAAGAAAAGUUAAAAAAUGAAAUAAUGCAAAAGCAAAAGGACUUGGAAUCAAAAUCAUGGAAUAUGCCAUCUGAAACUGUCUCCCGGCAAUUAUCAAAACACACAUCAAGUCGCCAUGAAUCGUUUGAAGACAAUGAUACAGAAGAGUUUCAGUGCCCUCCUCAGAGUACUUUUGACAAUGUACCUUUACCAACUACACGUGUUCGAGCUCCUAGAAAAAUAGUGUAUGAUGAAGAUGACAAAUCUGUAAACAGAAAAACUUUGAGAGAUGUUUCAUGCAACACGGAUACAUUUAAAAAUCCAUGUAUGAACCAGAACAUUUCCCCUCCAGGAAUGAGUCAUAAGGCGGAAAGAGCUCAUGUGACUUUUGCGAAUGAUCCUCCUAUGAGUAGAACAGAGUAUAACCCUGCAGCUCUACUGCCGGUAACAAAAUCUGUAAUCAUUGAUUCACCAUUUACACUUGCACUGGCUGGAUUACGUGAUAAUGAAGAAGAUAAUAGAACUUGUGAAGCUAUUGAGCCUACUGAAGCAGCAUAUAGAAAUCAGGAAUCAAGAGAUGCACAACUAGAAAAUAGUCAUGAGUUGCCAACUGAUAAACAUUUAUUAUCAAAUUUAGGGAAUAUAAGAAAACAACUAGUUAUAGAACAUCAAAAGUUAAAACAACAAGUUCGAAGAUCCCAAUAAAUUGAUUAACAAUUGCUCAGAAUAGUUUCAUAAACAACUUUGUACUUUGUAUUUUAUAUUAAAAAAGAAAAUUUUUCAUUUUUCAUUCAUCAAAAUAUAUUAACAGUUUUAUAUGAUACAUACUUAUUCUAUUUUUCUUUUUUUAUUAUAUAAACUGAAUACUUUAUAAAUAUAGUUAAACAUGUAACAGUUCUAACAAAACUUGGUCACAAACAAAAUAUUAAAAAAAAAAAAAUCAAUUAUACCAUAUUACC